GGGCGCAUUUUAAUGACGUAUUCCGGUUAUGGCUGAAGCUAGAGCUGAAACAAACAAGGUAGCAAUUUAAAGACAGCGUUGUUUGAGUCGCCGUGUCAUAUUCCUUCGCGAUGAAUAAGGGCAAGGCCAGCGGUGUGUCGUGGGUGAAACCAGCGGAGCCAUCUUUUCUGCAGAAGUUUAAAAAAGAUGUUGGUUACAAAGAAGGACCGACUGUUGACACAAAGCGACACACGAUGCCAGCGCCGGAUGACGAUAGCGGGAGUGAUCGGGAGGAUGAAUCGCCUCAAAUCGUCGUCCUUGAAGACGGAGACCUGACCUCAGAGGAAGUGAAACAUCUCAAAGAGGGAGCGCCACCAAAAGAAGGUUUGGAGAAAAGUAGGAUUUUACCCCUGUCGCCAGAAAACCCGCCGCUUGCCGAUGGGAAGAUCCUCUUCAAGAAACCAGUCAAGCGCUCAUCCUCAGACAAAUUUCAAGGUAUCACUGCCAGCUCCCGCAAGAAGAAGUGUGAUGAAGCCGAGAGAGAGGAUAAGAAGGAGGUGAAUUCUGGGAAAAAGGUGAAAAACAACAGCCUUCUGUCAUUUGGGUGCGAUGACGAGGAAGAGGAGGACUGACUGGUUGUUUUCAAAGAGGAUCAUGGGACAUUCAUAGAGAAAUGAUUCAUAGGCUGUGUGUCGUUUUGUGUGCAUAAUUUCUGUAUUGAAAAUUCUCAGCGUACGUAUGGAUGUGCACAUAUUGACGCAUAACCACGGUGUGCAUUUGUGUAUCAAGUGCUACGGUUAUUCAUCUAUAAGGAUUUACAUUUUCUCGGCACCUCAUCUUUCUUGUAAUAGUCUUUGACUCCAUGUGGUCCACUAAGUAUUAGGAUUAGAGAUGCACGAAGUCUUGAAAAAAAAAAAUACAGCUAACUUUUUUUAGAUCCACUUUUAAAUUUUUUUAUUUAAAGUAUAGUUUGUGCACAACUGGAGAUAAGAAGGACUAAUUAGGAUAUGACCAAGUGUAGCCGUUGAUUUAUCCCAAUCAGAUAUAAUGAAAUUACUACUAGCACAUCACUGCUAUCAGGAGAAGCAGAGUAUAGAGCAGAGGGAGCCACCUGCCAUGGCCCAGCAAGGUGCACUGUAUUCAGGCACACACUCCGAGCAGCCGGUGGUCACACUCCCAAGUGCUCCUGAGGACUUCCGGAUACGUAGCUCAAUGCACCCCCUAUAGGGAAGUCCGGAUCACACAGACGUCAGUAGAACUCUGUGUUAGAAAAAAAACUAACAUGCAGAGCCAUCCCAAACUUCUUCCAGGGCUCACUUCCAAAUGCGUAUAAACAUUAACAUAAACAUUGUUUAAUACAACAUUCAUAGGUCAAAAAAGUGGAAAAAGCAUGAUAGGUCCCCUUUAGUGUUAUUGUAUAUCGGACAUCAUAAUUCCCUCAUAUCGGUCUGGUAAUCAUUGUGCAUCCCCAAUUAGAAUUUUUCAUUAAAAUGACCAGAAAGAUUGCAUCAUC